AUGUCGACAGAACAAACUACAAACAAGGCUGCUGGAGCCCCAGAAUCCCUGAAAAACAAGACUCUUGAAACAGGCGCGGCGGCAGUACAAAACUUCGCCCCAGUACAACGAAUUUGUGCACACCUCAAUGCUUUCCACGCAUACGUCGACGAACCAGGUCGCUGUGUUGAGGCGAAUCAUUAUUGCAGUCAUUUAAACGAUGAAGUACGACAGUGCAUCUUGUAUGAUUCUCCAACUCUUCCAGCCCGUAUCAUUGGGAUCGAGUAUAUGAUCACCCCGCGUCUGUUCUCGACUCUCGAUGUCGAAGAACAGAAACUCUGGCACUCUCACGUCUUCGAGGUCAAAUCUGGGAUGUUGAUCAUGCCAAAACCUGCUACAGUUCCAGAUGCCGUUUGGGAGAUAGCGGAGAACAAGGAGAUGGAGGAAGUCGUCCAGCUUUACGGAAAAGUGUAUCACCUCUGGCAAGUAGAUCGGGGUGAUGUGCUGCCAUUGGGGGAGCCGAAGUUGAUGACGAGCUAUACGAAUGCAAAACAGAUGCCAGAGCCCGGUUUCGAGAAGCUAGUUGGCGAAAGAGACGCGAAGUUUGGGUCAGAUUGGCGGAGGAAGAAGGAGGCUAGGCAGCAUAUUGAGGAGCCGAGUAUCCACAAGAAUGCUGAUGCAACGUGGAAGGGCAAUGAAUGA